AUGCGUCGACCUUCGUACAUAAGCUUAUACAUACAUUUAUGUGUAUACAGUAUCGUUUUUUACUUUUCAGUCCUAUUUCUAUCUACUAACCCUCCCACCAUUUACCUUGACAAUUUUGCCGUUGUUUCGCUGAGAAAUACAUCCAAUUUGUUGACAAACAACGCCGCAAUAUAUCUGGACCUGAGAAUCCAGAAUGAGAAAAGGUUGGCAGGCAUUUACUACUCGGAUCCUCUAAAUCUCACCAUCACAUAUUUGCAAUCAACCAUAUCAACAGGCAGCAAUGUUAUUAUCGAACGAUGUGUCAUUCAAGGCUUUUAUUUAAAGUAUGGAGAGGUUAAACAUAUCCAAGCAUCUGUGGUGAUUGAAGACCUCUUUUCAAUGACUGAACAACGAAGGAAACUGGAUGAGACGCAUGUUUUUCGUUAUGGUCCAGUGAAAGUGAUGGAUUUUAUAGUAGAGUUGGAGGCGAAUAUGAAUUCCAUGGUACAUGCGCCCGAAAAGUACCAUCUGAUGAGCCGAGCUGCUGUGGAGGUUAAUGACAACACUGGGACGUCUGUUCUAAAGAACAUUCAAAUGAAGUAUGAAGCUGGAUCGAAUAACUGGGGAUUUGGGAAGUCGAUACAAGCAUUAAAAAAAUGUUGUGUCAUCCCCGGUGCUAUUUAAAAUUCGACACGGAGUUCAAACUUUGUUAACUUGGGUUUGUUGUGUU